AUGGCCGAUUCAGAUUACGAUUUCGAUGACGAGAGUUCAGCCGACGAGUACGUUGGUGCGAAAAGCGGUACUUCAAGCACACGCGCACAAUCUUCGGUGCCUGGCAAGAGGCGGAAAGUAGAGGCGCCUGUGAAGGAACCGCCAAAGCGGCAGGCAUGGGAAACAGAAUACUCGCGGACGGUCCAGAAGACGAUAGAACCGGCAGACGAUGGCACACUAGGACAGAGCGUACAGGAACGGGAAGAAGAGAGGAAGCGCAAAAGGUUACGGAAAGAUACAAAGCCUUUCCAGCGAGGUAUCAUACGUCACGUCGUCCUGGUGCUUGAUCUGUCAGAGGCCAUGAUGGAAAAAGACAUGCGGCCCAACCGAUACAUCACGAUGAUCAACUACACACAAGACUACAUCCGCGAGUUUUUCGAACAAAACCCUAUAUCGCAAAUGAGCGUACUGGGUAUGCACGAUGGUGUCUGCAUACGAGUCUCGGAGCUCUCGGGCAACCCAGCAGAACACGUUGCAGCGAUACAAGGCCUGAGAAGCAAAGAUGACGGCAAAGAGCCCAAGGGCGCGCCCAGUUUACAGAACGCAUUGGAACUGGCAAGAGCAACAUUAUACCACACACCAAGCCACGGCACGCGAGAGGUCAUUGUUGUCUUCGGGAGCUUGUUGAGUUUGGAUCCGGGUGAUAUACACCAAACAGUCAAAGCCUGCGUACGAGACCGAAUACGUGUCAGCGUAAUUGGUAUGGGCGCGCGCCUCAAGAUCUGCACAGAAAUUGUCACUCGGACAAACGCCGGUGAUGAAUCCGAAUACACAAUCGCAACCGAUCAGGAAAUGCUCAAGGAGCUCCUCCUCGCCACUACAACACCCCCUGUAAUCCGUGCAACAGCACCGUCAGUCGCAGCACCAGCCGCUCCGCAAGCCCCAGAUCCUUCCUCGGCCGCAGCACUCAUGAUGAUGGGUUUCCCAUCCCGUGUAGUAGAAGACCAACUAACCAUGUGCGCAUGCCACGGCAACCUCACAAUGGGAGGUUACACCUGUUCUCGCUGCAGCGCAAAAGUCUGCUCCUUACCGAUCACCUGCCCCUCCUGCCAACUCACCUUGCUCCUCUCCACCCAUCUCGCGCGAUCUUACCACCAUCUCUUCCCCCUCCGCAACUGGUCCACAGUAUCCUGGUCGCGCGCCCGCGAAAAGGGAAGUAAGCAGUGUGUGGGCUGUCUAGCUUCCUUUGGUGAUCCGCCAAGCAGCAAUAAUGAAAGAAGUGAGGCGGAACAAGACGGCGAGGUCAACAAAGUGAAGAGGGACGAAGAGGAUAGCGAAGAGCAGAAGGCGUCUGAGAGCGGGAGAUUGACUUCUCUCGUUCCAAGGUCACAGUCGUUAUUAUUGCCAUUUCGAGUGAACUAUCUCAGUACAACGACAAGAGCGAUGUCGGCAUUUGAGCGAUUGAUUCGCUUCGAGGAUAAAGAUGGGAAGACAGUAUAUGGAAAUUUGGAAAAGGAAGUUCCGACAAAGGAGAUUGAGGGGAGCAGUGUAGAAGUUCUGGAAGGAGAUGUCAAGAGUGGGUUUAAGAAGACAGGUCAGAAGACCACUGUCGGAAAGCUACUAUGUCCUCUCCCAACAACAAACAUCAUCCUCUGCGUCGGCCUCAACUAUCGCCGCCACGCCGAAGAAUGCAAUCUCCAGAUCCCUUCCAACCCAGCCAUCUUCACUAAACCAUCUGACGCCCUCGCUGGUCCCCUGGAAGACAUCCCCAUCCACCCCUCCUGCCAAUCCCAACUCGACUACGAAGGCGAACUAACCCUCGUCGUCUCCAAGGACUGCAAAAACAUCGCAGCAAAAGACUAUGCCGACUAUCUCCUCGGCUACACAAUCUCCAACGAUGUCUCUGCGCGGAACUAUCAGUUACCCGCUUCUAUAUCCGGCGGCCAGUUUGGAUAUGCAAAGUCUUUUGAUAAGUUUGCGCCGGUUGGACCGUGUAUCGUUUCGCCAAAGUUGAUUCCCGAUCCGCAGAAACUGAAGUACUGGACGAAAGUCAAUGGGGAGAAGAGGCAGGAAACUGGCACUGAUGAUAUGAUCUUCAAGGUGGGUGAGGUGUUGGAGCAUUUGAGUCGGGGGACUACGUUGAGGGCUGGAACUGUCAUUCUGACGGGCACACCGAGUGGAGUGGGACUGUUCAUGGAACCGAAGGGUUUUUUGAAAGAUGGAGAUGAGGUGGAGGUAAUCAGCAAGCGGUACUAUAUACUCUCGGUGUAUCUCAGCCUCCUCCAGCUGCCAGCCAAAUACCCCAGCCACGCGCGGCAGCCAUACACUCUCAAGGUUUCUAACACACCUAACUGGCGCGCCCCUAUCGGGCGCAUUUUUGAGAAUAUCUCGUGUUUCAGCCUGCUCUCUAAUCAUGUCUUUGGCGACUUCUCUCAGAUUGACUAG